AUGUUUCUUUCUUUUUCAGCAGUAUUCGCUGGACGCAACUGCUGUCGUACGCAACAGUCCCAUCGCCAGUCGGUCUUUUCGCCGACUGCUUGGCCGCACCUUUUCUCUGGUGCACAGCGAGUGGAGCGGGGGCGUCGAGCUACCAGCCAGGGCAGACGUGCACGCUCGCUGUUGAGCACACGUACCUUUUGUAUGUCGAGUUCACAAGAAGAUCAACCAAAGAGCAAAUCCAUGGCAUCGUUGAGGCCGAAAGUUUGCGUUCUAGGUGGCGGUUUUGGAGGCCUCUACACGGCCUUGCGACUUUGCCAGCUGCCGUGGGGACGUGACCUCCGUCGCUAUGAGGCAGCUGCGCGGACGCCCCAGCGCGAGUCCACUUUUUCUGUAGACAAUUCUGAGCGCAGGCGCGCUUCCGAUACUUCAAAGCAGAGCGCAAGCCAGCGACUUGUUGCGGGACAACGCACCCGACCGGAGCUGACACUGAUCGAUACCCGAGAGCGGUUCGUUUUCCUGCCUCUGCUUUAUGAGCUGGUAACCGGAGAAAUGGGCAUUUGGGAAGUGGCGCCACCGUUUGCGGAGCUUUUAGAAGACACCGAUGUCGACUUUCUGCAGGCGCAAGUGCAGCAUAUCGAUCUCGACAAGCGGCGAGUAACUGUGCGACCGAUGAUGCCCAGCAACGCUUCUGAGUCGAAGGAAUCCGAUGAGAUCAUUUCCUAUGAUCGCCUCGUGAUCGCUCUUGGCAGCGAAGAUACGCGGGAUAUGGUUCCUGGAGCUCGCGAGCAUGCGCUGGGCUUUCGCAGUGUCGAGGAUGCCAUUCGCAUUCGCGAGCGGGUCCGACUAUUAGAGUCGUCUUCGCAGCCAACGAUUCGCAUCGUAAUCGUCGGUGGAGGCUACAGCGGCGUAGAACUGGCAUGCAACUUGAGUGAUCGACUCGGUCCGCGCGCCCAGAUUCAAAUCGUUGACCGAGGGAGAGAGUUGAUGGCAGCGUCGACAGCGUAUAAUCGAUCCCAGGCGACGCGUGCGCUGCGUCUGCGAAAUAUAAGCUUCGUACCUGAAACAAGCGUGGUCUCAGUAGGUCCGAAUUCGUUACGCCUUUCUUAUGCCGAAAAAAGCGGCGACCGUGCUCCUCCAGCAUCUGAAACCACACUCGAACAAAUAGACCUGGUGCUCUGGACAGCAGGAAACCGAAUCAAUAAGGUGAUCCGCGAAGGGCUCAUUGCUAGCCGGCAAGUAGAGCGCAAUGAACGAGGCCAGCUACUUACGGAUCGAUUCCUACGCUUACCGAACUAUCCCGAGGUCAUUGUGCUCGGUGAUGCCGCCCAGAUCCGAGAGCCAGUUGCAGCUGUUCCCGUGGUAACGAGGGAGCAACCACGCGGAAUGACGGCACAGAUUGCGCUUCAAGAGGCAGAUUUUGCUGCGUGGAAUACCUGGGCAAGCCUAACGGGUCGGGAACCGCUGCCCUUCCAAUAUGUGCAUCUGGGCGAAAUGAUCACACUCGGCCGCGACGACGGCAGCGUCCAACUGCUGGGUCUUUUGAACCUCAGUGGACCGCUUGCCCAUCAGCUGCGACGCUUGGCGUAUAUUGCUCGAAUGCCAACAGAUGCGCAUCGGUUGCGUGUUGGUGCUAGUUAUGUGGCACAGCCCCUGCUGCGCAUCCUGGAGGGAGUUCUUGCCGUUGGUAACGAUGUUCUAGACGCGCUUGGACAGGGGCGUGGCACACGCGCCCCCGGGUGCCCAUUCACAGCGAACCAGGACACCCAGCAACAGCAACAACGGCAGCAGUCGUGGAGCUCUUCGACCGCACCGCGCUCCGACGAGAGCUCCUGA